AUGUCCGAUAACAAGUUCAAGCUCACCGCCUACAUCUCCGACGAGUCCUUGACCAUACUCAAGCAGGGUGGGUACAAACUUUGCAUCGCAAGGGAGGUCAACGGAAAAUACAAUGUGGUUUUCAUAUCAGUGAUUGAACAUCUGUUCCAGAACGUGUUUGAAUUCGAAGAGCAGUAUCGAGUCUUUGGCACAAAAAAGUUCGAGGCUGGUGCAUUGAUAGAGGCCUCCACCAGAAGAAGAGUGCCCAUCAUGCCAGGUCAGGAGAUCCCUCUGAGUCUCGAGGGUGGUUUUGGCUCUGUUACUGGAUACGUAGAUCGGUCAAAGCCAUUCAUGGUCAACAGCAACUAUUACCACCCCAUCCACUUUGGUGUUGACGCGCUUGUCAGUCAAGACUAUGCCGCAAUCCAUGUUUCUGAAGGACCAUACGUGGCCCAAGCAGUCCCUCUCAAGCCCAGUCGGAAGAUCAUGAUCUGGUUCGACAAAGAGCUCGAAUCGGGGAUGAUGAUCUACCACACCGUCUAUAAUUGCAUGCAUGUAAGCAGCGCUCUUCUAAUCCCCCAUCCACCAUCACCUAAAUCCGUAGCCCAGGUCGACUUCACCAACACCAGUGACGUUACGAUCAACUACGCGGCGCCAAAAGAUGCACCUGCGAAGGGUGUCUGGUCAUAUGGCGCUCUCCCAAUGAUGGUGGUCGGACAGACAUACGACCCAAGGACGAACAGAUUUUAUGUGACCCCAGAAGAUCUGCCUUCUGCGGAUAUGUUCGUCAAGAUGGCCGAAUUGUUGCACCUCGAUCCUCCUACCCAUCACGGUAGUGCCGGUGAGGUCCACGCCCACAAAUGA